AGGCGUGGAUGCUGCUGCUGCUGCGUGGAUUUCCCGGAUGGAACGGCGGCGCCAUCUUCACGCCUCUGCUCACCGGUGGGUCUUCGGCUCAGCGGAGCGACAGAGCUGUUGCUGAUCCACCGCCAGGACUCUCCGAGCAGCCCGAUUAUCGUCCCCCUGUUUCCCCACCGGGACGCUGAACGCAGCCCUCCCCGCUACCGGAGCACCAUGGCGGACAGAGAAAACCUGGUGUACCAAGCCAAACUGGCCGAGCAAGCGGAGAGAUACGAUGAAAUGGUGGAGUCCAUGAAGAAGGUGGCCAGCAUGGACGUGGAGCUGACGGUGGAAGAGAGGAACCUUCUCUCCGUCGCCUACAAGAACGUGAUCGGCGCGCGGCGAGCGUCCUGGAGGAUCAUCAGCAGCCUGGAGCAGAAGGAGGAGAACAAGGGCGGCGAGGACAAGCUGAAGAUGAUCCGGGAAUACCGGAAAACGGUGGAGAACGAGCUGAAAUCAAUCUGCAACGACAUCCUGGAUGUUCUGGACAAACACCUCAUCUUAGCAGCAACCACCGGAGAAUCCAAGGUUUUCUACUACAAAAUGAAGGGAGACUACCACCGGUACCUGGCGGAGUUCGCCACGGGCAACGACAGGAAGGAGGCGGCGGAGAACAGCCUGGUGGCGUACAAGGCGGCCAGCGACAUCGCAAUGAUCGAACUUCCUCCAACGCACCCCAUCCGCCUCGGCCUGGCACUCAACUUCUCCGUUUUCUACUAUGAAAUCCUGAACUCGCCGGACCGGGCCUGCAGGUUGGCGAAGGAGGCGUUCGAUAACGCCAUCGCGGAGCUGGACACGCUGAGCGAGGAAAGCUACAAAGACUCCACACUUAUCAUGCAGUUGCUACGGGACAACUUGACGCUAUGGACCUCAGACGUUCAGGGAGACGGCGAAGAACAGAACAAAGAAGGGCCACAAGACGCGGAGGAAGAAGCCCAGCGAGACUGAACAACUCAAGACAAACCCUCCUCUUCCUCUUCUUUCUUUCUUUUUUUCUUUCUCGUCCCAGAACCAGCUCCGGUUCCAGCCGGGUUCAGCCCACCAUCUUCCUCCUAUCCUCACAUGCACGUCUCCUGUCUGUCCCCUGAGGAUCCUCCCCGUCCACCGGGGAGCGUCCUACUCUUCCUCUCUCUCCGUUAAUCAUCCUCUGCGACUUUUUUUUUUUUUAUUAUUAUUUCGCUUUCUUUGCUGCAUCAUCUGUUGCCAAGUCCGCUCGCCUGUAUUUGUACCACACAUCUGCAAGGCUUUAUUUAAAGAUGAAACUUGUUUUUGUUCCUUUGUGUGUUCAUGAUGCGCGUCGUCUCCAUGCUGUCGGUUUGAAACUCUUCAGUCCUCACGAUUAGAGACUCCAGCUGAGUCUUCAGGGUUCCCUCAUGUCAUCCUGUCUCUUCCUCCUCUUCUUCCUCCUCCUGUUGGGUAUGUGUAACGUGAAUCUGAUUUGUACUACUGGAUAUUCUCACCGGAGCCACAAAUACCAUCUGUAUUCUUUCUGAAACGCAGCAUGGAAAACAUUAAACUUCAAACUGAAAACUUCAA